AUGGAUCCUCCGGACUUCCGGACCGCCUCCAACACCAACACCGCCGCCGCCGCCAGUGGCACCACCUCGCCCGUCGCCGCCAGGUCCAGGACCCCGAGCAUCAGCGGCACCCCUGCCGACGCCCAGAAGCGCACCGUCUGCGACCACUGCCGCCGCCGGAACGGAACGACAAAGGCUCACGCGCUCCUCUCUUUCUUUUCCCCCUUAUCCAGCAAAAGCCUCGAUGGCGGCACCGACGAGAGCUCCCACUCGGCCGCGCCGUCUGCCGCGCCCUCCGUCCCCUCCACCCCGCCUCCGGUCGACAUCUCCUGGACCAAGAUCUCGUCGGACCCGCGGCACGCCCCCUCGGAGCCCCGCAGCGUCUUCACCUCGGAUCAGUACCAGCCCACGAGCCGCAGCUACCUGCACCUCGUUCCGCGCUGCCUCGACCUCUACUACGAGCACGUCUACCCCAUCAUGCCCCUGCUCUACAUGCCCGCCGCCCGCGAGAUGAUCCACCGCGGCGGGCCCGGCACCGGCGCCCUGACCCCCUCGGAGAAGAACCUCGUCUACGCGCUCUGCGCCCUGACAGCCCUGCACAUGUCCGGCCAGAGCAUGCCGCCGCCCGCGCCGCAGUCGUCGUGGGAGGCCGUCGGCCGCUUCUUCCUCGACCAGUGCAUCUCGGUGCGCCACUCGUACGACUUCUUCGACGACGCGUCGCUCGGGGCCGUCAUCUCGUCCUUCUGGCUGUCCACGUCCUUCUUCGAGAUCAACCAGUCGCGCAAGUCGUGGCUAUACCUGCGCGAGGCACUGGCGCUGGCGCUCGACCUCGGCCUGCACGACGACGCCACGUAUGUCGGGCUCGGGCCGGAGGAGAAGCUGUGCCGGCAGAGGGUGUUUUGGCAGCUCUUUGUCACGGAGAGAUCCUUCGCCAUCCUUCGGAACAAGACGAUCACGUUUAAAAAGACGCCGUCCUUACCGACGACGCGACACCCCUACGAGUCACCAGAGAUACACGCCGGCUUCCUCCAACUGAUAUCCUCCUACGUCCCUCUUGACGAGUCCUUCGUAACAGCAUGGAACGAGGGUUCCGAUCCUCACGUAUCAGCCACGACAUACCUCACCCUACAGAACCUCCUCGCCAUCCCGCCGAGCUUCGUCCACGGCUCCCGACCCUCCACACCAUCCACCGAAAGCACACCGCGAUAUCCGCCGUCAGAAGUCAUCUCACCCACCACGAUCCCCGCCACGACGGCCAACCACAACCACAACCAUAACCACAGUCGACAACAACACCCGCAAACAGACCACGACCAGAGCAACCAGAGCCAGCCCGAGCCGACGGCCAUCCAAAAGGCAGACCUUCUCAUCACCCAGCAGUGGCUCCGCCUCAUCGUCUGGCAGUCCUCCUUCCGCCAGGGCCUGCUCUCCUGGGCCGCGCCCCACGAGUCCAUGCACUUUGCCUUCCCGCUCGCCAUCGCCCGCCGCACCGCCUCCGUCCUGCAGUCCCUGCCGCCCUCGGCCGUCGAGGUCCACGGCAUGGGCAUCUUUGAGAAGAUCUUCGAGAUCGGCACCUGGUGCAUCAACGUCCUCGGCGCCUGCGACGCGGCCGGCACGUCGGCGCACCACCACGCGGCCGUCCCGCCCGCCCCCGGCGGGCUGCGCAUGGAUUUCGUCGGUGGUGGUGCCGGAGUGGGGACGGACCUGGGUCUGCUCGGCGGCGCGGGGUCGGGGGACAGGAAGGGCGCGACGAUCGACCCCCUCGAGUUCUUUGUCAAGACGCUCAGCGCGAGCCCCAACAGCCGCACGCAGUUCGCCGAGCGGCUGCUCAUGUUUGCCGGCGAGCGGCCCGGCGGGAUGCGCAUGAGCUUGUCGCCGGGGUUGUCGAGCGCUGUACCUCUACCCGGGCCUCACAUUCCCAUGCCGGCGGCGGCGGCGUCGGGACACGCGUUCUCGCCGCUGGGUAGUAGUGGCGGCGGCGGCGGCGGCGGUGCAGCGCAGCAGCAGCCGCUUCCCUCACCAGCAUCGGAGGUGGCCCCACACUCACACCCGCACCCGCACCCGCACCCGCCGCGGCGCCAGCACACCUGGAGCACGGGCGGCGUGAGCAGCAACGCGGGCAGCGUCAUCGGCGAGUACAUUGGCGGCGGCGGCGGUAUCAACGGCAGCAGCAACGCGGCGGACGACGACCUCGAGAGCGAGGCAGCGCGCAGCACGGGCGUCAUCAGCCGCAACCCCAGCGACGUCAGCCUGCACAGCGGCGGGCUGGCGCUGCUGCACCACCCGCUGUCUGGGUUCGGCGGCGGGGGGCUGGCGCCGCUCACGCCUGCUAUGGUCAAGCAGGAGCCGCUUUCUUCUGGCGGUGAUGGAGGGGGGGAUGAUCUUGGGGUUAUGAUGAUGGGUGGUGGUCAUCAUGGUCAUGGUGGAAAUGGUGGGAGGGGAGUGGGAGUGGGGAUGGGAAUAGGAGGAGUGGCGCAGAUGCCGCCUCCUGCGUGGAGACCUGCUAGUUCGGGGCAUCAUCACGGUGGCAGCGGGAGCGGGAGCUGGGGAGGCAGUGGUGGUGGUGGUGGAGGGGGGUUGUCGCCUGGCGGUGGCGGGUUCGGCGGGGAGAUGCACGGGACUGUCCGGGGGCCGCCGGGGCAGGAGUAUACCUUUGGCGGCGCGGGGGAGAGCAACGGGACGACGCCGAGGAUACUGGGCAACGGGCAUGUCGGUGGGGAGCAGCAGCAGCAGCAGCAGCAGCAGCAUGUUCAGCAUAGCACUGGCGCAUAUCAUGGUCAUGGUCAUGGUGGGAAUCUGGAUCACACUGGGAUUUGGUGA